CCACUUCAGCUCUGAUCAUUACUAAUAAGAGGCGAUGCCUGCCGAUUUCAACUCGACUGCAGCGAUAAAAUGAGGCUGGUGGAGCGAAAAUAAAUUCAAAACAAGAGUAUCUGUCGGAAAUGAGGAAUAUCGGAAGGGAAGUUGUAGGCCUAUGCGGUGUCGCCAUUAUGGCGAAGUGCUGUUGCUAGGCAGAGUAGGCCUAUGGGGCGGUACCUUUCGCAGUAGGCCUAUUUCGCACACCCUUUUUUCUCACCCCUGGUUGCAUAUAUUGACUUCCAGCUGAAAUACUUGCAUUAUUUACCUGUAGAGUCAAGAUUUACGUGUUUGGAUUGUUUUGAGACCUUUAUAAAUACGUGAAAACUGGUCAAAGUACUCAAUGACCUUUCCAUCAAUUUAUUAAAUUUAAUGGUUUACAGUAAAUUCUUGUCUUAUAUCAUCAUGCAUAGAAUAAGACAGGAAUGAAUGAUGCCAUAGGCCUCAUUUUUUGCAAAAUCAGGGAAAAUUUAAAAUUGGUGGGUUAAUUAAUUUUCAUGUACCCUAUAGUUUAUUUCUAAGUCAUAACCUAACAAUCUUGUUUCAGACCUGUAGCCUAGUAAUGCAUUUAUUACAGCUAUGGAACCACCACCUGUAGGUUAAUAUGUCCAUGGUGUUAAUAGUGCCAAUAAUGAUAACUCUUCACGGUUUUUCCAGUGCUUGCCAAGCAAGCACAUGCCACGCCCAGUAGUACCUGCCCGUUUAAUGUGUGGUCAUGGAGGCAUUGCCUGAUGGAGGGGUGCUGGAGGGAGAGUCACAGAUCAUUGGCCUUAUUGGGAGUGAGGAUCUGAGUAUGGUUGAGGCAUCAAUGCUACAGAACGACGCAGCAAGUGUCAUGAUGGGUUUUGUUGGGGAUGAUGAUGAAGCUCUCUCUGUUGCAUUCUCCAACACAUUCUCCAAUGCCUCCUCCACCACCACCACCCCUUCUUCGGCCUCAAGACCAUCUCCCCCUUCGUCGUCCUACACUAUUGUGUCUUCCCAUUCGACCACGGCUCCUUCGGUCUACUCUACCUCAUCAGUGUCCUACACAACACACUCCCCAACUCCUCCAGACAGAGGAGGCAGCAGUGUGGUUGAGCUAACGGGUCAUCAGCAUCCCUUGCCGACGCCAUUAUUGUUAACGCAUCAGCAGCAUCCUCAGCAUCACCACCAUCCACCUCCUCCCCCUCCCCCACCUCAGCAUCUUCAUUCACAUCCUCUCCAACAGCAUCCACAUCACCAUCAUAUUCAUCCACGUAAUCCACCCACACAACCUCAGGGGCUCCCUCCACCCCCUCCCUCCCAGCAUCACCAUGGUACUCCAAGUUACUACCAUCAAGACCAUGUUCCUGUAUCACCUGGACGAGUACAAGGAGGAAGCCAGGGAGGCUUUGCCGUUGGUACGGGCUUUACACCGUAUAUGUCUGGUUCGCCUCUACAGGCCAAUCCUCAUCCUAAUUCAGUGCCUGACGCUCAAGUAAUCUACGUCCCACAAGUGAAGUCAGAACCUUCCCCCGUAGACAACAGCUAUAUCCCCAAUCUAAAAAGUGAGCCUCAAGAUGAUUUUAUUGAUCCAUUAGAGCCACCUCCAACACCAUCUCCCUCUAUAUCUUAUAAUGCUCAUCCUUCAAAUGUCAUUAUAGGUGGAAGAGGACUUCCUGCAGUUCCUUACUCUCACCAUGGCGCGCCUCUACCGCCCUCACCGAGCAGCAUGCCUCCCAUAGAGGGCAAUGGGACGCCAUCACCUGUGCCACCCUACAUGUUUCCACCCCAUGCUGGUUCCCCAUACCUUUUAGAGUUAGCUCCUCUUCCAUCAAGGCAACAACAUAAUCAGCAUCAUCUAAAUCAGCAACAGAGUCAACAGCCAGUACCUUCCUCUGCUCAGACAAACGGAUUGAGUAACUAUGGAAACAGCAUGCCUGAAACUAGGCCACUGAGUCUCAAUUAUUAUGAGUCGUCUCACUUAUCUCAGGAAGACAACCGGCAGGUCUCAACUCAGGGAUCUCAUAUGAUGUACCUGCCAGCCAGUCAGCAUAGCAAUCAUAGAAACAGAGUUAAGAUGAGCCGCAAGAAGCAGACGCCAUCUCCCCUAAAUGGUGAAGAUAUGACUGGACAGAAGCAGCUUUUGGAUCAGCUCAGCAAUGACUCAGAUGAGGAUAAUCUCGUUAUUGACACCAGCAGUGUUUCAGGUGAAGGAUAUGAAUGUGGCGAGUGUGGGAUGGUCUGUCGCACAAGGGGUGGGUUACGAAAACACUUGGCAACAGAACAUCAGCCUGAUGAACCUGAGCCAGCAGAGACUAUUCCCAAGCAAUAUACUUGCACAAUGCCACUCUGUAACUUCAGCACCAUUAAGAGAGAUACUUAUGAUCUCCACAUUGCCAGUCACAUAGCAGAUGGAUGGACUCCCACCGGGAAGAAACGACACAACAAGAAUCCGCUGCAGAGGCACAGGUACAACAAGGAGGAACUUGCAUGUCCAAUGUGUGAAUAUUCCUGCACAGUGGAGAAGUCAUUUAGAAGACACCUGAAAUCUCAUGAAUCUGGUCAACGAAAUCUGUCAAAAUUUUCAUGCUGUAUAUGUGGAAAAGACAGACCAACUGAGAGUGAGUUGAAAAAGCAUACAAAGAAGCACCGGCUAGGGAAGUACUAUCGUUGUGACAUCUGCAAAUUUCAGACAGUGCAGCUCAAGAAGCUAAUACAGCACAGAAGAAUGCACACAGGGGAGAAACCCCACUUAUGUCCUUUCUGUCCAUAUCGAGCUGCUAGACGUGACAAUUUGCGUUCACAUGUGAGGCGCAUGCACAAAAGGGAAAACAUGUAUGGGGACACUUUCACGCCUCGACCAAUGCUAUUGGCAGAAGCCGACAUUCACGAUCAUACGGGUAAACCAGUCGAGCAGGAUCCACAGCAACAGCAGCAGCAGCCUCAGCCGCAGCAGCAGCAGCAACCCCCACCCCAUCAUCACCAACCCCCACCUCAUCACCCUCAUUCCCAUACUCAUGCCCAUCAUCAUCAUCAUCAUCACAAUCCACACCAACAGCAGCCUCAGCCCCAAGUCCCAGGGAUGUCAAUGGUAGGUGGCCCUCCCUCCCAGCACCAGCAGCCUCAUGCAAGUAUCCAACCUCCUUUAUGAAUGUAGUGAAAUUAGUUUUUAAUAUCCGAAAAUGGAUCAUCUUGUUUGUCAUUUAUCCUAACUAUUAGCCAUAAUGUGUUGUUAUUGAGGGAUAAAGUUAAGGUAUAGGAGAUUGAAAGCAGGCCUAUGUGCCAUUAGGUAAACAUCAUGUUUUCAGAUUCCUUUUAGUGAAAUUGGAUUUUUGUUUUUGUCAGUGUAAGGACCCAGGUAUGAGAAUUGUUGCUUACUCAUUUCAUAGACAUGGGUGCUGGUCGGUUGGGAUAGAUGAUGUUUGGUGAGUGUAGGCUUUAUCAAUUUGGCUAGGCAGGUAUGUAGAUGGAUCAGUCAAGUGCAGUCUUGAAAUUUGGGAUAUCUGAAGAAGUCAACCAUGUUAUCUGUUUAAGGGUUUUUUUUUAUAGCAGUGGCAAAAAGUUUAACAAAUUAUAGAUGAAGGUGAAUAUUUGUUGAGUUUACUGCAUGAAGAUUGUCAUACAAAGUGCAAAACAUAAAUGGUUGGUUCAGUUGUUAUAAUUCCUGUAAAUUACUGCAUAUUUAUACUUUGCACUGCAAUAUUUAAUUCAGUUUUUGAAAGAUUUAUUUCUUACAGCUAGAUUACAAAGUGUUUUAAACCUUUAAGGGAACAUUUUAUCUUUCAUUCCUUAUAAAGUAUAUGAGAUUUAUUUUUGCUUUGGCAGUGGUCUGUUAUAAACAGACUUUUUUUUUUUUUUUUUUUUUUUUUUUACAAAAAGUAAUUUACCAGUCCAUAUGGGUUGAGAGUGAUGAAUCUUAAAUUUAAAUAUAUAUUUAGACUAAUCAGUAUCACCCAAGUCAAGGGUCACACUUACUAAAAAAUACUUGCUGUUCUUUUAAAACUAUUUUCCCAUUAAUUGAACCUAAGUAGAUAAUCCACUUUCAUCAUUUCUCAAGGUCACCAGUUAUUAAGCUUGUGCAUAUGAAAUAUUGGCAAAUAAUUGUACUGGUAUGUAAAUGUAGAAUUGUCUCAUUUAUUACAGAAAAUUAGCUAUAAAGUAGGUAUAUCCUAAAUGGUAACUAAAAAUUUUUUUUUUUUUUUAUAGAUGCUAGUUGACCAUCUUAUGUUACAGACUGCUUUCUAAUUUCAAUUUGCUGUAUCCAGACAGUAUUCUGUAGUAUAUAAAGUUUGUGUGAUCUUGACAGACUGGAAGAGUUUUAUUGAACAGAUGUUAAAUAGUCAAUUUAUAGUUGGUUUUAAAAAUUAAUUUCUUUAUUUAGAAAAAAAAUUAUUUUGAGCGAUUAAAGGUUUAUUUCCAUAGAGUUCAUUAGUGUUUUCAGAUGAUAACUCCAAGAGUUUUAAAUACCGGUGUUUUGCACUUGAAAUUAUCGGUGUGUGAUGACAAGAGUGGAUGGGUAUUUCAGUAACAUUCGGCACUGACUUUAGGAUAAUCAUUCCAGUUGCUUAAUUUUAUCAGGCAUUCGUGUAUUUUGUUAAUGGUCAGAGCUAUGAAUGGCUUAUUUUCUUUUAUUGAAAAUGGAGGAGGUAUAUGGAGCAGUUAGUAUUAUUAAAGUAAUUUAUAUCACUCAUAAUCAGGCAACAUUUUGGAACAGCCCUUCAAUUUUUUGAAGGAUAAAUACACAUAUUGCAUACUUUGGAUACACAUAUUUCAUACUUUGGAAGUACAAUAUUAGGAAGUUUUUCAGAUCAGGACAGUGAAGGCUCUGUUACAAAUAAUGAUUGCUUUAUGAAACCGGUAACACAGGUAUAUAGUUCAUUAGAUCACUGAAUACAGUUUGUCAUCUCUUAGACUGGCCUCCUCAUGAAACUGAUGACAUUAGAGUUCACAUAACACUUAUGACACUUCACCAGAUAGAUAAAAGCCUCUAUCUGAGGUUGUCAAAAACAGUCUUCCUAUUUGUAGAAAAAAAAAAGUGUUUGUGAUAUCAAAGUUUAUCUUUCUUGUAACACAGGUAUGUUAAUGAGUCAAAUCCAUGGUACACAUUAAGUUGUUUUUUCAGUUCCACCAGUAGGAAUACUUAGUACAAAGCAAAGGAAAAUGGAUGAAAAUAUGAAGAAUAAUGAAGAAAUUUAGCAGUUGCAGUACAAUUAGCAGACUCAUUUUAAAGAGAUGUAGUUCUAAGUUUAAUAGUUUUUUUUUAUAUCUAAAUGAGGCUGGUAUCAAACCUUGAAAUUCAACAGUUACAACUACAUAAACUGCAUUUAAAAUUGUCUUCCAUCUGGCACCUUCUUUUCCAGUUUAUAGUUGGAAAUUGUAAUGUAUAUUAGAGUAGUUUAAAAUCAAUCUUAUAGAUGAAAACCUAGUUAUUUCAUUAAAUAGGUUAGAUUCAUAUUUUUCACUUUCUGAGCUGAAUAGGCCUCAGAACUAAGCAGAGUAGAUCACAAACCAUUACAGUAUUUUAUUCAAAAGUCCCUUACAUGGCAUUGUAAAUGGUGAAAUUGGGCAAGUGGAAGGACUUAAGUCUUUGCCUUUGUUGUUACCAUGUAUACUGAUGCAAGAAUGUGGUUAUUGGAGUGUUAGCAUGUUUACCGAUAUUUGCUACUCAUUUUGGUUUGUUUAGUUUUCACAAGCAUCAGAAUGCCUUUUAAGAUAUGUAGCAGAGACUUUAGAAAAAUAGCUGACUGAAGCUUUCGUAUAUUAUAGUAUGCAGAAUCUUUGUUUCUCUGUGGCAGGGAGGAGCUAGAGUAAAUUCGUAAUUACCAUCUUCCUGAUGAAAAGAAAAAAAUACAGAACUGUAUAUACAGGAUAUUCCAUAUAAAAUCAGUAUUGGUGAUGUAACUUAAACAUUUCAAGGGCAUGCUUCAAAGAGGGAUUUCCUUCCUAAAUAUGGUAUAUGUAUUAAUAUCCAGUAUGUUUAGACAAUUAAAGGAAAUUAUUUUUGUAAUAAUUGCUGAAGACAUAGAAUGUAUCCAAUUUAUUUUAAACAUGCUAACAUUUUAUUUGCAUUAGAUAUCCUGUUGUGGUUACAUUAUCAGGUUUAGAGAAUCAGAUAACAUGGCAGUGACUGAAAUAUAUGCAGUCUGACACCUAUGCUUGAGAUACUGCUUCCACUUUUGUCAGGUUAUGGGAGUGAAUUAAAAGUGAUUACCAAAAAUGAAGUCCUGUGGUUCUUUUAGCAGUUUUUAAGGUUGAAAUAUUUAUAGAUAGUACAUGGUGACUAUGAAGAUUUUCUCUCAACAGAAGUCAUACAAAAUUAUUAUGGUCGAUACUGAAAUACAGAUUGUGGUUCACUUCACUGUACAGUAUCUUUUAACACUUUUUUUUUUAAAUUAGGCAUAUUUAGAGGAUUUAAAGUAUGGUGUGUACUUUGCAUCUGUCAGAUUUCUGUAGUACACAGAAAUUGGCUUAAUCUUGCUUUUAAACGUAGUUCUCAUAAAAAUUACCUUAUCAGAAGGAAGGCAUUAGAAGGACUAUUGUUCUGUAGUCUGAUGCUUCUGUUAGAAUUAACUAAUUGUCACAAGCAGCAUCAUACUUUAGAGAAAUUUCCAGAAUAGUGGAGAAGGUACCUUUAGGAGUGGUACUGAUGCUAACGAGCUUCAUUUACAGUGAUGCCAAAUGUAGUGUGUGACUUCCACUUCGUUAAUUAGUUAUGAAUGGGAUAAGUAAUCACUUGCUCCCAUUUUAAUUGGCUAAGUGUGAAUAGGAUUUAGAUACUAACCAGGAAUAUGAGUAACUUGAGUAGUCCUAUAUUUCCAGUAUUGUAAGCAGUACUCUGUGGUUUUUAUUCCCUCCACAGUGUUUACUGUUUCUGAAAUUACUUACAUACAGUUUUAAUUCUUAAGAUGACUAUGCCUAAAGUUGUUUACACAUGUUUUGCAUACAUUUAUCAGAACUUGAUGUAAACAGGCAUAAAAAUUACUUGAAAUUUUAAACAUUGAACUCAAAAAUAUUGUGUACAGAGGCAUGGUAUGGGCUUGUAGAUGAGCUCUGAAUCACUCCCAGACUUAGAGAUUAGCUUUUACGUAUCAUGAAGAGAUUAGGAAGAGCACUUGAUUGUGGUUGGAUUUUGGUUUGCUUUAUAGGGGAGGAUGCUGUAGCUGUAUAUUAUCAACUGCUUAGGAGUCUUUUUGUCUUCAUGACAUGACUCUGGUUAUUGAUGUUAUGCUAUUUUUAGGAGUUGGUUUGAGUAUGAGGAAGAAUGUGCUGAUGUAAGAGUAGGUGAAGUGAUUAAGAUAGCUGUUGCCCUAUUUAAUCAUAGGUUAAUGAUAUAGGGAGAUCUUUUAUUGACUGCUGAAAAUACAAAAAUGAUAGAGGAGAGACACUGCCCUGUGGAAGGACCGUGGUCGUGGCUGCUGGCAAAACUAAUAGAAAAAAUAUAUAUCACCAGUUAUAACUCAUGUCUAGUGGGUGUCCCUUUGUUUCAUUAUUUAUAUGGUUUUAUUGCAUUGUCCUGUUAUGAAUCAUUUUUGUUUUAUUAGAUGAAAGAAUGCAAUCUUGGUAUUUCUGAGUUGCAGGUUGUUUCUCAAGACAGUUUUCAAUUAUAGUUUUACAGUUGCUCUCUGUGUGGAGUAUUUGCAUCAUUCAUGGAAAAACCUGCUUGGAAUACAUACCUUGGGGUUGCUAUCUUUUGGUCAUUUUAGGAUCUAUUUUUAAUCUACCUCAGAUGUAAACAUUGUACAACUUGGAUGUUACCACUUUGCUCAGGAUUAUUUUGUUAUACAUCUCAGGAAAAAUGAAUGUUCAUAAUGUAUGCAGUUUUUCCAAUGUAAUUUAGCUCAGGAUUUUAUCCAUUAAGUCAAAACACUGUAUGUACAAAUGCAGCUUCGUACCGACAUGGUUACCAAUUAUCUCAGGAAUUUUAUGUAGUACAAUACUGAACAUGUGGCGAGUGAUAAUUCAUUUGGGUUGAAUCCAUACGGUCCAUUACAUGAGGACUGUCUUUUGUAAUAACUAAUCUUUUUUGCCAAAUAACAUUGACACAUCCCUAGGGUUGUGCCGUGUGGGUUCGGCCAGUAAAUAUAAUGCUAGACACAGUUCCUUCUUUACCCAGUGCACCUCUGGGCUGACGAUGCUGUGCCUGGCAUGGAGUGCAUGUGUUGCUCACCGCCAACAACAUAUUUACUAGGUUAUUUUAAUGUUUAUAAUGUGAAGUAAUGUUGUUAUGAUGCGAUUUAGUGGGCACAUUAGUUGUUAAUUUGUGUAUUGUUUCCUUCUCCAGUGGUUGGAAAAACUUGCAUUUCCUGGUAGCACAUUAUAUAGAUUAUAUAUAGAGUUAAAGGUCACCUUUUAUUAAGUAGUUGACUUUUCCCGUUUAGAUCCCCAGUUCAUUGUUGGGAUAUCAUUGUGAUUAUAAAGUGUAGUUAUGCUCUCAGGAAUUGCUCUUCUCUAUCUCUCUCUAGAUUUCUUUCCAUUAUAAAUAUCUGAAAAAGUCAAUUUUCAUUAGCUAGUUUUAACAAAUAAAGAUUUAAACUAAACAUAAGUAGUAGUCUACUGUACUGUGUUCCUGUUUUGUUUUGCAAAUUUUAAAAUACUUCUCGAGAUGAGCUUAGCCUUGCAGUGUCUUCACUUUACAUUUGGCCAAGGUACUUUCUCCUGAGAGCAACUACUGGCCAGACUCCUCUGCACCAUUGUAUGCAUUGGUGCUGUUACUACCCUCAUUCCCUUUUUUCUCUCUCCUUACUAGAACUAUUGCUGAGGGAAGGAACAGCUAGUUUUAAACAUUGAAAAGCUAAUGUGAACCUUAUAAAGCUAGGUUAUUCCUCUUUAUUAACAAGCCAGUAUCAAUUGAUGAUUAACUUAAUGUAUUUUGUUUGAUUCUAGAAUAAUUUAUUUGUGUGCUGGAUGUCACUGGGCAUCCCUGGCUAGAAUUGAUUGGGAAAACUUUUAGUGACUGUCGGCAUUGACAAUGUAGUCUAAAAGUGGGUUUCCAUUCAGUGCUUUUGAAAAUGUGAAUGAUAUUGAAUGUAAUUAGAAGUAUAUCUUCUUUCUGCAUGUCAAUGGAUAGACUUAUGUGUGGAUACUACCAUGAAGACAGUUCUGUCAACUCUUUGAAUGAACGAUUGUUGUCUACCUGGUGAAACAAGUUUUCGUAUGCAGGAUCAAGGUAGUGGUUGACAGACAAAUCUUUUGAAGUGGAAAUAGACCUCAAGUGAAUGAGAUCUUUUGGUGAACAUUUGAUGGCCUCUUCAAGAGGCUGUCAUUCAGGUGCAAGAGAUCUGAAGCUUGCUUGACAGAAAAUCAUCAUUGGAUAUAGGAAAGCAUAAUGAUUUUGAGUGUCUAGCUAAUAUGUUGAUUAUCAAAAGAAGAUAGUUAUUGAUUUUUUGUGACUUCAAAUUUUGAUGGUGUAUGUGUGUGCAUGGGUGCAUAUGUCAUGGAAAACAGUUCAGGAAAUACUUUAGUUGCAAAUCUUUGUCUUUCUUUUGGGUAACUGGAGUACAGUACUUAUUUGUUCCCAGUUAACAAACUAUUUGAACUUUCAGCAUCUCACUCAAAGCAGAUUUUAGUCAGUUGAUUUUGAUCUCAUAAACCCCAAGCAUGUUUACCAUACUUAUUGCUUUAACAUUAGCUUAGUGGUAAAUAUUUAAAAUUUGUGUUUUUUUAUGUACUUGGCUUUUGUGUUGUCCCAGAUAUAUUUCAUUAUGUAUCAUAAUUAUAAUUCUAUUGCUUGGUCCAGUAAUUAUGAUGAAUUGUUGAAUAAUUGUAUUCAUCCAAUCAUAAAUAUUUAUCUGAAAACCUCAGGGAAAUCGUUAACAAGUGUUGUGUCAUUAGUAUACAUAAAAUCUUCCACUGAUUCUCACUCCUGCUAAAGAAAUCUUGUUGGGAGAUGGGUUUAUAUGAAAAGAAUAGCUUCUUUUAUUUCUCUUAUGUUUCUCUUAUGAUUUUACUGAUAAAAAUGAGGUGGGAGCAGACAUUAGGUUUGUCAAUUUUGAUGGCAUGAUUGAUUGUUAACCAUACUGCUCUUUUUUGUGUUCACCAUUUAUCUUCAUAUUUGCCCUUAAAGGUACAAGAGUUCUAUAAUCAUCAUGAAUUUAUAUAUUUUAGGUUGUCUAGUCGGAAGGUAAGUGGUCAAUAAUGUAAUUUUAAGAACACCUUUUAGUCAAGGUUUGGUGAAUACCUAAGUGGUUAUUUUACAAGUGCAACAAAAAUGUAUAAUUUGACAGGGUAUACAUAUCUACAAUUUUGCUUUUAUGUUACCUAUCUCUUCUUGAUAUGUCAUCUCCACCUGUUGGGUAGUUUUAUUUAAGUGUGCUAUAUGAAAUUAUUGCUUUUUAGACGAAGAUAGUUUUGUAAGUUCUAAAGUACUCUGGAAAUCGCAGUCGAGUAAAUAAAAAAUUAGGUAGUUUUUCAAUUGGUAACACAAAUCCAGACAGUCAAGCAUUACUUCAUUGCCAAUGAAUUCCAUUUCAGUAGUACAGUAGUUUAUAAAAUUACAUUUUACCUGGGAAAAUUAUGAAGAACUUAUAAGGCGCCCAUGAGAUUUUAAAAUCUCUUAUGAUUACAAUUCAAUUACGUAUUGAAAUACUACUACUACCCCAAAGUACAGUGUUACAAUACCAUUUAUACAGUUUCACUCUAACACAAUUAGUACUGAAAAUCUUGAUGACUGAAUUAUAAUUUGUACAGUAGUAUUACAAAUAUUUCAGUGAUGUAUGAAUGGAAACAAAGUUAAUUAUUUUGUCAUUAUGCUAUUCAAAUUUUUAGUGUUUUUGUAACAUACUGUAAUGCUAAAAUAUUAAGCUUUGUAUGGGCUUAUGUAAUUAUAAGCUACAUGGACAUGUUAUGUAAUUUAUUUGAUAAUCAUAUAAGCUUUUCAAGAUUUAAAUUCUUGGAUUGCAGAUUCUUGCUACAAAAAUAUUUAAAAGUGUUAUUUGGACUGACUGCUUGACAAGUUUCCACAAAUUCAAUAGUGCGUGCCAUGAUUAUUCCAUCAUCAUACAAUCUCAGUUGUUUCCUUAGUUGUCUAAAUGCAGAAAAGAAGGAUCCUCAAGAAAAUCGAGUGGCUGUCUUGGUCUUUUUGCUUCAGUUGUGAUUCUAAGGAAGAGUGCAAAUAACCUGAAGUUUUGAUUUGUUCCAUCUAAAAAGUAUUUGCUUAUUUUUCUUUUACAUCAUCAGCAGCAUAGUCUUAUUAGAGGUGACUUUAGUAUGUGCUUUGUUGCAUACAUGCACACACCUGUGGCAUAUUAAAGGAUACAGGUAUAACCGAGCUUUAAGUUGUUUAUGCAGUACAGUACUACAUGAGUGUUAUUGUAUUUAGUUUUUAUUGUUGACAUACUUUAGUGUAUCUGGCAUCUUGAGUGUGAAACUAAAGUCUUUCCAAGAACUGUUUUCCUCUUGCCUUAGAUAAAUAUUUGAAAGAGUUGUAAAAGAUUCAUAAGUUCUGGUCAGCUCAUAUAUCUUGCUCUAAUUUUUUUUUUCUUAAAGUACUAUAAUUUUAAGAAAUUUUCAAUCAUGUUAAUAUCCUGUCUGCACAUUUUAGCGCAGAUGUUGACGCUCAAUACAAUUUGUGAAUGUUGGUUUACGGGUAAUUUUUCUCAUUUUGUGCUUUACUAUUUGUGUUCAUAGCCAUCUUUGUUGUUUCAUUGCCACUUUUGUUUACUGUCUUUUUGUUUCAUUCCUUAGUGUUUGAAAUCAAGCUUAAGCCAAUUAGAUGUAAAAGAGUUUUCACCAUUGUCAUCAUUAUCAUUAAUCUUAUUAUUAGAGACUGUACAUAGUGUGAAAACUAUUGAUCAUUGUUACAGGUAUUUUAUGUAAGACUUUGUGAUUAGUGUCAUUUGUCUGUCGAUAGUUUACUUUUUGGAGUGCUGGUACUUGAGAUGAGAUAUCCAUUAAGGAAGUCUUAAGGACAUCUUAUAAAGCUACACUAGUGAUCUCCACAAUAUUUGUUUUAUCUGCAAGGAAAAACAGGAACAUUGCCUUAAAGUUUUACCCCUCCAUCUGACCUUUUCUAAACAAAGUAUUUAAAAGAAUGAUAAUGCAUACUCUAUGUAAGAAAAAUGUCAAUUUGCUGUUUUAGUAAAAGAAAUUUAUUUAUGGUAUCUGUGUCUUCUUAGAGAUACCACCUGUCUUUACAAGUAAUCCCACAACAGAUUUAAAAGCCUUGACUUUUUUUAUAUACAUAUUUUCUAUAUACAGUACUUGCACAGACAACCAUAUCUUGCCUUAAGAAAAGAUAAAAAUUGUCACUGAGAAGCUAGGGUAUCUGUGGUCAACUUCAAAAUGUUAAACUUUGGUGGUGUUGAUAUUUAAAAUUAGACUAAUUGUUUUUUCUUUGGGUGUAUGGUAAAUUUGUCCCUUUUUUUUUCAAAGCUGUUGUAGCCAGUUGAAAUGCAUUUUUUUUAUUUAGAAUACAAUGAACAGUAUGCAAAAAAGCUUAGUACUGAUGUUUAUUAUUCAUUAUCUCUAUAGCUAACAAUAUCUUUCAGGUUUAUAUACUCCUCUAUUAUAGUACUGUACUUAAUAUUAUAGUUCUGUACUUUCCAUAACUACAGUACUGUAUAACCAAUGUGCAUUUCAAAAUGUACAGUAUUUUCAUGUCUUUGAUGUACAACAAGUUUGCACCCACCAAAUGCCAUGCAAAGUACUGUAGUAUGGAAUAUGGUAAUACUAUAAUACUGUAUACUAAAAAAGAAGAGGCUGACAAAAAAGUUCAGUAUCUUCAGUUAUAAUUAGCAAACCUGAUAUGACUGACACAAAUAAGUGUUAUCUGAUCUCAAUUUGUUCUUUUGAUUUUUUCUCUUUAUGAGGGCAUUACAAUUCAGCUGAAAAUGCUAGUGGCAUUGGUCAUAACUAUUACAGGACUGAUUCUGUAUCUUGAAACAUCUUGUGACUUCAUAAAUACAAUAUUCAGAAUACAAUAGAAUUUCAAAGUUUUGCAGAUUUGCAUUUCUUGAGUAGUUUGUAAGCAUUUUAGUUGCAACUAAUUUCACUGCGUGGACCCAAGAUAUGAAGAAUGUGAAAUGGAAAAGUAAUAGACCUGCCUCCUAAAAGAAAAGUUUAUAAUAAUGAGGGAUAACUAAAGAAUGGAUAGAAUGCUUGAGCUUGGAGGUAGCAUUAUUGUAACAUAUCUGUUGCAGCAGACUUGGUGAAGUGUUGAUUAACAUCCUUGAGACACAUUUUAAAGUAACAUGCCUAACUGCUUUUUUCUUAAUGAUCUAUUGUAAUUAUCUUGUAAUUAUUUUGUGCAAUAAGCAUUUAAUCAAUUACCUUUGGUUACUGCAACGUAAAGGUUCAUCAUAGAACCCUUUUUGGAGAGGUUUUACAGUUAUGUCAGUAGUGAUGUUCACAUAUAGCUACCCCUGUGACAUUUGUGGGAGUUUAUGUUAGAACACUGUUGAUGAGAGAAAUAUCCUUCAUUACAUAUUAUGCAGUAGUAUAUUCUCAAUUUAAGUAUCACGGGGUGAUGCAAUAUUUGCACUUUAUUUGUAAUGGUUUGGAUAUGUCAGUGCUUCGAAUCUAACCCGAUAUAUAUAUAUAUAUAUUAACUCUUGGUUGCAUAAAAAUAUGGAUUUUUUUUUUUACUUUAUUCUGUAAUAACUGCAUAAUGUAUUUUAGUGUUUAUCAACUUUAUUGAAAUAACUAUUGACAAGUUUCAUGAUGGACAGAACUUCUUUCCUCAAGUUUUACAACGAAUAUCCAUAAUAUUACAUUAUGCAAUUGUGUCCUUUUUAAUUAGUAUGUGGCUUUUCAAUCAGUACUAGUGCUUAUUUGUGUCUUUACCAGUCAUAAUGUGGUACAUAUUUUGAAUGUUUUAGCUAAUCCUAACCCUUUAUAGGUUUUAAAUGUUUCAUGAUUGGUUGACUUAAAAGAUUGCUAUUUAUUGUGUGAAUCUACUGUAAAUGUAUGGUUUAAUUUUGUAUUAUUGUUAGUGCAAAGUGUGUUGAGUAUACACAGGUCUUGAUUUUGUUUUGCAAUUUUUAUUAAACUGGUCUUCAGUAAAUUGAAAUGGAUUUUUCUUGUUUGCUUGACUUUGUAUUGAAUUAGAUUGUAUCACAAGUACUUUUUUUUAGCAUUCAUAAGAUUUAUAUUUGGUCUUGGUAAUUUGUCUUGUGACCUAUUUAAAAACUCAUGGGUAUUUUGUGCUGAUGAGGUCUAUUGAAGAAUUUUAUUUGGCUUAUUAGCACCACACGACUGUUUCUUCCAGUGAAUUUUCUUGCUACCCUCGAUUUUUGGCAAUGGAACGUUAUGAUCACUUUGACUCAUUUUCUUAAGGCACAUUUUGUUUAAGCAGAAUUGAGAUUACUCUUAGGAGUCCAUAAUAUACCUUUAGGUCUACUGUAAUCAAGUUGUUAUUAUCUAUCUAUGGACAAACAGAACCUGUCCAUGAGUUUUUAAGCUUUGUCUUUUUUUCUUCUGACAGUUCACAGUGAAGACUAAAAUUUCUUUAAAUAAUAUUGCUCUCUUCAUUUCUUGGAUUUCUGUUUUUUCACCAUAUUUUGUAUAUAUAUAUAGUAUAUUAAAGGCUGGGAUGCCUCAACAAAAUCAGUUUGCAGUACAUUUUCAAAGUUUUGUGUCAAUCAAUACCUGUGCGUAUGAAAACAUGGGCAAAUGUGGCAUUUUCCUUUGAAAGUAGACUUCUGCAGGAACUUUCCAGCAAGUCCUCCCAGCCUUGAAGUUUGUCUCUGUGUUACCAGAACUGUUGAUAACACAGUGGUAGAUAUUUUUAAUGUAGAAAACCACAAUAUAUUUGACUUCAAGAUUCAUUUAAGCGAUAAUACUGUAGUAUUUUUAUUUGUUUUUUGAAAUUUAUAUUGAGAGUGUAAGUUUAAAAUUAUUAUGAUUAUUAUUAUUCUUUGUGUUAGAAAAGUAUCCUAUUUCGUUGGCCUUAUAUUUUUCAUAGAUAAAUAAAUAUUCAACAUGU